UGGCACCGAACAAGACUAACAACUUUCCUACCGCAAGUUUAAUUUUAUAACCGAGAGAGUUCAUAAGUUGAAAUAUAUAUGCGUUUCGGAUCUAAAAAUCAGGCUUUGUGAAGCUCAGUAGGAAUGACACCUGAGAUACGUUUUCUAUGGAGUAAUUUUGGCGUAAAUGUAAAAAUCUGAGUUGCGAAUUAACUAUCAGGAAUGGCGAGGGGGAUGCGCUCGUCUCUGGAUGUUGAGUACAGUGCGGUGGGAGAGGGGCUCGGGAUGCGGGAGUUCUGGCUCUAUGUGUGGCUGCGCAGACUGGCUGUGGUCGCUGCGCACAUCAUCUCACUCGGCCUGGUCAUUCUCACAUCCAUACUGUCCAGACCAGGAACAAGUCUCUUCUCAUGGCAUCCUGUCUGCAUGUCACUUGGGUUUUGUCUGUGCAUGACACAAGGGAUCCUGCUUUUCUCCGCCGACGGCAGCCCGUUCUGCUUCAAAUCACGUAAGUGGAAGGUCCGUCUGCACUGGUUUUUCCAGGCUGUGCUGCUGGUGUGUGGAGCUACAGGAUUCAGCUUCAUGGUGGCCAGCAAGAACAUAAAGGAGCAUCCGCACUUCACUUCCUGGCACAGCCUGCUGGGAGUCGCUACAAUGGCCGCUACCGUGCUGCAGGCGAUCUGUGGCGUCUUUCUCCUCUUCCCCAAACUCAUCAGCACUCACUCGUUUCCUCGGUUGAGACUGUAUCAUGCCACCUGCGGUCUGGUGGCCUACCUGCUGGCCACCAUCACAGUCAUGUCAGCCAUGUUUACAGACUGGUUUCAGGCAUUGGUAAGAGGCACAAUCUGGUAUAUAUUCCUACUCCUCCCACUUUUUCCCGCCUUGGUGGUGAUGAACCAAAUCACCAGUGCCUUCCUGCUCAAAAAGAAGAUUACUAGCUGAAAACUAAAGUCUCAAAUUAGAGCCUAUUUAGGGAUCUGGACUAUAGUAGGCUUUAGAAGCAACACUACGCUAAGGAUAUGAUGACAUCAAAAACAGCACAAAUUUUGACAUUUUAAAUGAUGUACACUCACAUAAGAUUCGACUUUGUCCCAAAUUGCACACUUUAUGUGUUUGCAGUUUUGUAGAGAUACAAGCAGCUGAAAUAGAGAUGCUUUUCUAUGAAAAAUGGUAAAGGAUAAAAAUGCAUCCAGGCCAGUAGGGGUCAGUAUAAAGUCCAAGAGCAAUAUUGUGUUAUAAGCAAGCGGCAACCUCCCCCUCUCUCUCAUGAAGC